UUGUGGGAUGAUGCGUUGACGAGCUCUGAUUCUGCGGAUAAAUUCUUUAAAUUAUUGAACCAAUGGAGACGUCGAAAAUACCUUAUCACUGUAGGUACACCUUCAGAAGAUGUGCGCAGCUAUUCUUCACGUCGCAGGAUGAGUAAUAUUGAAGCGGAUGAGGUGGAGAGACUGUACAAGAAGGCUGGACUUGCAAUGGGUCACGCUUACACUGUACUGGACGUUCGACAUUUCCCUGUUCACCGACUUUGC